AUGAGCCCCGAACGCACCUGGUUUGCGCUGCUCCCCGUCGCGCUCCUCCUUCAAACGGCGGCAUCGUCGUUGGAUUUCCAUCUCGGCGCCCGGUUCGCCGUGCAUCUGCCGGCGUCCUACUAUCCGGGAUUCGCCGAGCGGACCACGGUCCUUGAAGCAGCCGGCGAGCGGCAGCCUCGAUUCGCCGCCGCCGUGAGCGUGGAGGCCGGCACGCAAGGUUACUACCUGUGCUCUCUCGUCGUUCUGCUGGGCGACGUCACGGUCUGGACUUCGGAUCGUCCCGUCCAGGAGUUGGCGGCGGGCGGCCUUUGCCAGCUCGAGCUCGCUGAGAAUGGGCAACUGCGGCUGACGGACGGCGCCGGAGUCGCCCGGUGGUGGUCCGGCACGGCAGGUCUGGGCGCCAAGGCUCUGCACUUGGAUUCCAGGACCGGCAACCUCCUUCUCCUGGACGACAAGAACCACACGGUAUGGCAAAGCUUCGACAAACCGACGGACAAGCUCCUGCCAGGCCAGUGGCUCCGGCUUCCCUCGUACUUCGCCACGACCCUGACAAAAAUGUCUCCAGCCUUCUACAGCGUCGAGCUCGACGGUGACAAGAUCGCCGCCUACCUCUAUUUCGGACUGCUGAGGUACUCCUACUGGGAAUUGAUUCCCAGCCGCAACCAGACCAUGGCAUUCGCGGGAAUGAACAAGUCGGGGCUCACGAUGUUCGACAGGCGGCGGCGACCGGUCGCCCGAAUCUCGCCGGCGCUGAAGAAAGAGCCGAUCAGAUUCCUGGCUCUGGGAGACGACGGCAACCUGGGACUGUACGUCUUCGACCGCCGCAACAACAAGUUCAGAGCCUCGUAUAAGGCGCUCGCGUUCUGCGAGCUCCCCCUUGCCUGCGGCGUCCACGGUGUCUGCUCCGCCUCCGGGAGAUGCACCGACUUUGCCGCGCGCGGCCUGGAGCCGGCGCCGAUCGGCACCCUGGUCUGCAACGCGACGGCCACCAGGUCUGUCGCGCACGACAUGAUGGAGAUGAAAGGCGUCACCACCGUGCUCAAGGCCGCCUCGCCGCUCGCCAACGUGACGGUGAAGAAGUGCGUGGACCUGUGUCUGCGCAGUUGCUCUUGCGCCGCCGCCCUCUACCUCGAGGAGGUCAACGACGGCAGCGUCACGGCCGACAGGGGCGUGUGCUCCCACUACGAGCUGACGGCGGGAGUCAGGGAGGUUAUCAGCGGGAGCGAUAGCCCUCGGUACAGCUACUGGGUGAAGGUUCUCAAGGGGAAAAUUUGCCAAGAAGACGAAGAAGAUUACAGUGCCACUAACUCCUUGCUCGCCAAGAUCCUGAUCAUCUUUGGGACGGUGGAUGUAAUGGGCCUAAUCUUGUUCGCGGGGCUCUGCGUGUACUAUUUCUUCUGUCUUCGCGGGCGCGCUGUCGACAAGCACGUCGCUGGAGAGGGAGAAGCUGCAGGUCACGACAGAGGAUCCAUGGAGCCAGAUGGUACUGCCAACGUUGGAGCAGUACAAGCCUCAUAA